UUUUAGUAGUAUCGAUUUGUUGUUGAUUUAAAAUCAGCUGUUUAUUUUUGUUUAAACUUUGACGUAUUAAAAUGUUUUCAUACUUAUUUCUGAUUGGAAUUAUAUCUUCUAUUUCUGUGCAACUUAUCGAGGGAUACGAAAGUAGUGAAAAAGUUAUUCUGUAUGUGAAUAAAGUGGGGCCUUAUUUCAAUCCUCAUGAAACUUAUCACUAUUACCAGCUGCCAGUUUGCCGGCCUGAAAAAAUUGAGCACAAAAGCUUAACUUUAGGAGAAGUCUUAGAAGGAGACCGAAUGGCAUAUUCUAUGUAUAAUAUUUCUUUUCGAGUUCCUAUCAAAAAUGAAAAACUUUGUUCUUUAUCUUUGAAUGAAAGAGAAAUUAUUCAGUUGAAAGAAGCUAUUGAGGAUUUGUAUUAUUUUGAAUUUAUAAUAGAUGAUCUUCCGCUUCAUGGAUUCAUCGGCCAUCUUGAAGAAGGAGGUUUUUUGCCCCAUUCUCACAAAAUUUAUUUGUGGACACAUUAUACAUUCAAUAUUAUGUAUAACAGUAACAAAAUUAUUUCUGCUAAUGUUUCAACUGCAGGCGUCUCUCCCUUGAGUUUAAAUGAUGCAGUGGCUCCUUUUCCCAUUACACAUACAUAUACAGUGAAUUGGAUUGAAACCAGGGAAACUUAUGAUGAUCGAUUAAAAAAAGCAAGGAGCUCUUCUUUCUUCCCUAAAACAUUAGAGAUACAUUGGCUUUCUGUCAUUAAUUCAGCUGUUCUUGUUAUGCUCUUGUUGGGUUUCGUUGUAGUAAUUUUGACCAGAAUCUUACGAAAUGAUUUUGCCCGUUACAAUGGUGAUGUUGAUGAUAUUGAAAAUUUGGAAUGUGAUGAAUAUGGUUGGAAAAUUAUUAGGGGAGAUAUUUUUCGUUUUCCUCCAUACAAGAGCCUAUUUUGUGCCAUAUUAGGUGUAGGAUGUCAGUUUCUCUCCAUAGCAUUUGGGAUUGUAAUCAUGUCUUUGUUAGGUUUAUUUAAUGUUCAUAAACAUGGAGCUAUGAAUACUUUAGCAUUUCUUCUUUAUGCAUUUACAUCUGGUGUUGCAGGAUAUGUCUCGGCCUCAAUGUAUAAAAAAAUGUUCGGAAAAUUAUGGGUCUGGAAUAUAAAUUUGACUUCUUUCUUAUUUUCUGGCCCAUUUUUUAUUAUAUGGAGUAUACAGAAUAGCAUAGCUUGGGCAUAUGCAUCAACUCAAGCUCUUCCUGCCAGUACUAUUACAUUACUUCUAGCAGUAUGGUUAUGUGUGGGCUAUCCUCUUUGUAUUAUUGGUGGAGUUUUAGGGAAAAACUGGAGUGGUAAUUUUGAAGUUCCCUGUCGAACCAAGCAUAUACCGCGUGAAAUACCACCAGUAAACUGGUAUCAUUCUGCUGUUGUACAUUGCAUCAUUGGUGGAUUUUUACCUUUCAGUGCUAUAUCUGUUGAACUGUAUUAUAUCUUUGCUACAGUCUGGGGAAGAGAACAAUAUACACUCUACGGUGUAUUAUUUGUAGUGUUUUUUAUACUACUGAGUGUAACUGCAUGUAUAUCUGUUGCACUUACUUAUUUCCAACUGUCAUCUGAAGAUUAUAAAUGGUGGUGGAGGUCCAUUUUCAAUGCAGGUUCUACUGGUGCAUUUGUGUUGAUCUAUGCCACGUUCUACUAUCUGCAGCGUUCGAAUAUGGAAGGCCUUCUACAAGCGGUGGAAUUCUUUGGAUAUACCUUGUUGACUUGCUACGUCUUCUUCCUGACGCUGGGCACAGUGUCCUUCUUUGCCUCACUUCGUUUUGUGAGGUACAUCUACCAGAAUGUGAAAGCGGACUAGUUUGUGCACCUCUGGGUGAUUUUUCUAUGUCUCUGGGGCAGAAUGGGCAUGUGCACAAAAAUGCUUCGGGAGAUGAUGGUAUUUGGAUGCUUUUAGCAAUUCUCUUAUUGAUGUGCAUAUGUAAAUACUUCGCGAUGUUGUGUGGACGCAGGAUUGGCAACUGCUCAAGUUCUUGAUGGAUGUCUGUUCCUAAAAUGUUGGUCAAAGUCAAACGGAUUUUUGUUGUUGAUUACCAAAAUUGUUACGAACCAAACGAAUUAUUUGAAAAACAGACAAUCAGGAAAUUGAAAAUCGUGUAAUUUGAAUCUUAAUUGCAAAGAAUUCACAUUAAAACUUCUUUCGCACGAAUCGUUUCAUGUAUUUUGCUUUUAUAAUACAGAAACUGUAACCGAUUUUAACUUAUGAGUCAAUAUUUCGAGUUAUCGAGUCGGUAUUUUGGUUUUAUUUGAUGUAAACACUGCCAUUAGUCAAAAAAUAGCCGUCGCUCUUAAGCAUAGGAAAAGUUGUGCGUCUUCCUUUACCAAUACAUAUUUGUUUUCAUAUGCAUGUCUUAAAUAAAUAGAGUCAAAUAUAAAUAGAUUUUGUAUGCAUAUAUAUGUAUAUUAUUUUUAAAAGUUAGUGUAGUAUGUAUAUCGCUUAAAAAGACAAAACAAUUUUAGACGAUAGCCUAUAGUCACCGAAUGGUAAAACUGGCUUUGAAUUUUGUACUUAAUUUCCUUUAUUUUAUGAGAAAAUGCAAAAAUCUAGGAAUCAAACGGGACUCCUUAAAUUAGAUAAUUAACCUAGUGAUAAAAAUAGUUACAUUGAAUUUUUAUUUUAAUAGUUUUUGUAAUCAACUAAAUUUAAAUUUCAACUAACUGUCAUAAAAUUUGCAUUUGCCAAUCUUGUGGUUUAUAAAAUUAUACAUAGUAAAAAAAAAAAAGACUUUUAAUACUUUACUGAUUAGAACUCUGUAUAUAAAUUUUAUGAAUUCAAUCAUGCGAAAAUAUGAUUUUGUGCAUGCAUUUAUUUGGCGCCAGACUGGGAGGAUUUCGAGUACUUGUAUUUACAAUUCCGAAUUCUGAUAGAAUUUUACUAUAUACAUGUUUGAUCUCUUUUUUGUAAUUCAUUUUUAUUAUUUUAUGCUUUUGGCACUUUUUCGUUUAAUCGACAGCAGGUUAUCACCAUAUAUAGAUGUGUUGCGCAAAAUAUCGUUUUUCUUUCAAUGCCACUGUUACAAAUAUUGAAACCGCGCAUCGUGAAGGUGGCGAGAUAUCGCACGUUUCUUGGCGUGCUUGGCACUCAUUUUACCAGCUAUCGAACUAACUCAAAAGUUCUAAAAAAAAUUUAAUGGAUUUUUUUUUUUUUUUUUUUUUUUUUUUUUUUAGAAAGGGUAGAUUAGAUUUAUUCUGUUAUAUUUGUUAUAUAUGCUUUUUUUGUAAUUAAAGAAUUUUUUUUUUAUUUUGUUCCUAAUAGUUUUCAUGCACAAAGAGCAAAACUCAUUUAAUUAAUGCUUAUUCUAAAACUUAAAAAAACAAAAAACAGAUCGAUUUUCUGCUGCUAUUUUUUUAUUGAAAAGGAUAUUAAAGUAUUCAUUAUAUUUUUAAAAUAUAGGUGUGGGGAUUUGUAUUUAUAUAGAUAAUUAAAAAAUUUUUGUUCCUUUGUGAAAAAUAUGUAUAUUCCUAUUUAACGUCAUUUGUUACUUUUGAUUUUGAGCUUGAAUUGUUGUUUUUAUUUAUUGAUAUUUUUAUUCGCAAUGCAAUUGCUUUAUUUCAUGUGCAAUAACUUUAUUUUGUUAUUGGAGCUUCAUUUUUUUUCCAAAAGAAUCUAUUCGCUUUAAAUUUAAUGCAAAGGAACUGAAAUUUGUAUUGCUUGGAUAUAUAAUUUGUUUUUAUUUCGUAAAUACUUUAUUUAAGAAUAAUGAUUACCAUUGUGAUUUAUUUUUCUUUUAAUUUUACUUUAUUAUUAAUUAAUAAAUUAGUUAUUAAUGAUAUAUAGAAAAUUUCUUAUUUAAUUCCAUAAUAUAGAAAUGGUAAUUAUUGAUUUAAUUUAUAUCUAAUAAAACACCAUAUUCUGCUUCACUACUGAUGCAAGUCCUUUCUGCAUUUUUGAACAGUCGAUCUUCAUUGCUGUUUAUAUUUUCCCUUUUUUUUUGGGGGGGGGGGCAUUAGAGGAAACUAUGUAAUAACAUUUUUUUUUUUUAAACUUUUUCUCAUCUAAAAAAAACUAUAUAUUAAUGUCUGUUUUCUUGUUUAGGCCAUUAAAAUAAAUUCUUAUGAUUUAUCCAUAUAAUUUAUUGAUGAUUUAUCCAUAAAUAUUUAUUGAUGAUUUAUGAAAAAUACAUUAUAAUUAUCUUAUGAUUUAUCCAUAUUCAGACAGAUGAGUAUUUGGAUGAAUUGAGUUUCGGUAUUUAUAAAUUAUAAUGAACAAUUUAUAACAAGUCAUAUCACUGACUCUCCGACCCGCCCGAAGGCACACGGAUAAAGAAAACUAAAAGACCGGAUCGCCGCAACAGCAACACUGGCGGUAACUGUGGUUGUGUCCUAAGGGCCAUCACCGGCCACGGUACAACCCUUCCCGAAGGAAGUACGUCACGUCAUCAAUGGGAGGAGCUAGAUCCCCUAACCUUUUUGUGUACUCUCCAGGGUGGCGAGAUCCAACCACGAUACCGCAAGCGUCUCAUCCUCUUUUCGAGGGACCCCCCCCCGGGGGGUACAUGUUAGUGGAAAAUCAUACCUCACUGUUGAGCAAUCAUUUUGGGAAUUCUAAAAAUUAAAAAGUAAGCAUUGACAUAAUUAUGACAUUACUGAAAACCUUUUAAAAAAUGAAGCAUACACUUAUUACCUACCAAAAUAUUGAAGAAAAAAGUAUAUAAAAACUCAGCAAUGAAAUGAACAUCUAUCUUGUUUGCAAAGAAAAUAUAAUAAAAAUAUAUCCGGCUAAAUAUUGAGUUUUAAAUCCAAAAUUUAACUGGAAAUGUGAUAAUAUCUUGAGUUGUUACUUUGUAGUGUGUACUAAUAUGCAUUAUAAAUCAUUUAAGUUCGGAAACAUAUUAAUAUCCUAGCAAUACAAAUAUUUGUUGAUUUUGUUUGAUUAUAUUUUCAUGUUUUUAUGUUUUGCACUUUAUUAUUGUUUAAAAAAGAAAAGGCCAAGUACAUAAAUAUUAGUAUUUAAGAUCAAAUGCUCUGUUACAAAGAAAUUUGUAUCAUUUUAUGGUGCGACUGUUUUGUAACUAUUGAGUCAUUUUAUAUUAUCAUACAUGUGAUAUUCUUUCUUUUUUUGUUUCCACCUUCCUGUAAAUACAAUUCUUCUCAUGUA